CAGCAGGCAGGCAGGCACACGCACAGGCAGACGCGACGAACGACACGAGGUUCGGAGAGAGAGGUGUGGGGAGAGGUGGCGGGGGAUGGUUCGGUCGCUACACACAGGCGACUGACUGACUAGCUGCUGGAUGGUUUCAACUCUAAAGGGCUGGAUGGUUGCGUGCGCUGCAGAUGCAGGUGGCCGACAUCUUUCUUCACACACACACACCUGGGUUGGAUGGGUGGGAUGGGAGUGCGUGUGUGUGUGUGUGUGCAUGGCAUGGAAGUGACAACUGAGUGAGUCAGUGGCUUUGGCUCAGCUACCUACCUACCUACCUUGUUGAUUGGAUUGGAUUGGAUUGGAUUGGAUUGGGUUGUGUGACGGACGUGAGAGUGACGUGGCGGGCGAAAGAGAUGCCACAGCCAACCAAGGCAUAUAUGUGUGUGUGGUAGGUGUGUGUGAGACUGCUCUGUCUUGUCUGUCUGUCUGUCCGUCUGGUGGCGUGUUGGUGUGGGUGUGUCUGUGCGUUUUGUUUUUUGGAGGGAUGGGGGGAGGGGCUGGGUGGACGGAUGUUCGCACAUGCGUGUAUCUGUGCGCUGGUUCGUGCCUGCCUGCCUGUAUGUGUGUACGAGUGUGAAUGGCUGUGCGUGUACAUUGAUUUGAUUGUGCAUGUGUGCAUGCGGGGGGAUGUGCCGCAUAUAAACGCAAUGCGCCUCGAUCCGAUCCUCUCCGUCCAUUCCGUCCAUGUGUACAUGUUAUGUGUGUAUGUGUAUGUGUGUGAUGUCAGUGAGUGAGAAUGAGGUGAAUGAGGUGAGUGAGAUGUGCUCCAGAUGGACGUCUAUCUGGCAAAGGAAGACACAUAUUGCAAUGAAUAGACAACAUGGACAUUCACAGAUCUAUAUGUAUAUGUAUAUAUGUGUAUGUGUAUACAUGUAUGUAUGUAUGUGUAUGUGUAUGUGUGAGCGAUGGGUGGCGUGGCUGCGUGCAUUGCAUUGACUGUAUGACAUACCGACAUGAGAGAGAGAGAGGGGGCACGGACAAAUGCUCCGGACGAGGGAGGGGAGGGGGGAGGGGGGGAGGGGGGAGGCUGUCUACACGUCUGUCUGAGCGAGACACAAACCCAUCGGGAUCGGGAUCGGGGAUGGGCGGGCGGGCGGGCGGGCGGGCGGCUGUAUAUCUAUCUAUCUUGCACACUACCGACUCCCUCCCCUCCCCUACUCUGUCACUCUCUUUCUUUCAAGCGAAAGCGCCACAGAUUGACCAACGACCGAAUGAACCACGGCUGCGUAUCCUUCCUGGGCGGGGUGGAUGGCUGUUCCUCAUUGCUUGCUGUGAGUCAAGUCAAUAAUGAGGGUUUUGCGGAGAUAAACGAGACGAUGGAUAUGGACGGAUGGAUGGAUGGACGGACGAGAGACCCCUUGCUAAAAGGCAAUGGGGAAUUUUCUGGCUGGCUGGCUGGCGACGUGCCUGUGGGUGGGUGAGUGAGAGUGUGAGUGUCCUGUCGGCGGCCCCUGUCGACUCAGAAGCGACAGAUGUAUGCAGCCGACCACCACACGCCCCACGCCGAGAGAGAGAGAUUAGGAGGGACACGUGUGUGUGAGAGUGGACGAUGGAUGGAUGGAUGGACGGAAGGGCGUGAGUGCGUUUAGACAAAUCGACGACUGGGUUGGGUUGUGUUUCCCCCUCCCCCUCACUUAUCUGCCUGCCUGCCUGCCUGUCGCCCGCCCUCAGUGUUUUUGAACCUUAAUAACGAAGACCUAUGGAAUGAAUGGAUGGACAGAUGGACAGACAGAUGGAGGGUGGAUGGUUCCUUGAUGGAUUGAGGCACAGAAGUCGUCAGAUAGGAGGUCACCCCUCUCUCGCUGUCUCUCUCUCUCUCAGGUGGCCAGAUCGCAACCAGCCAUGUACAAAAUAUACACCGCACGCAGUGAUUGACUGACCCAUCCACACCACACCACACAGGAGGUCAGGUGAUGCAUCCAGGUCGUCAACACACACACGCGACACACGCGGGGGAAGGAGGAGUAGAAGGAGAGGAAGGCACCAACAACACGCCACACAGCAGUCACAAACCGCCCUCUCCCUCUCUUCCCCCUCUCCCUCGCGGCUCACGGCACGGCCAGUAACUUACAAAAGGUCGUCUUUUCUCUCACACACACACAGGUGUGCAGAGAGGCGACUACACAUAUCAAUCAGUCAACGCGCAGACAAGCAGGCAGGCAGGCAGGCAGGCAGGAAGACAUACGAAUUGAGAACAUCCCAGACACCCUCUGACGGACGGACGGACGAAUGGUUGCUUCCUUCGUUCGUUCGUUGAUUCAUCCAUUCGAUUGUCCGCACGCCAUUCGUCCACUCAUCCAUCCAUCCAUCCAGCAGAGGGAGUGAGUUCAAAACCAGCCGCCCACCCGUCCGUUUGCUUGACCCGCUCCGCUCCGCUCCGCAAAACAGCCUCUCAUCCACCCCCCCCCCCCCUCUCUCUCUCUCUGCGAUCAGUCGAUCUAACCACCUCCUGCACCACACCACACACACCACAAAGACACACAUCCAUCCAUCCAUUCCAGCGUCCUCCCUCCCUCCCUCCCUCAACUCUCUCUCACCUUUCUUGCCACCAUUGUUCUGGCCCUGCCCCGCCGUCCUAUUCCUGCGCGCCUCAAUCAUCCGCUCCAACGCACCCGGCCUCGGCACCACACCCUCACCGCCCUUCGGCGUCGCGCCGCCCAUUCCCAUUUCCUCGUCCAUCCGAUUGCCGCCCCACGACGACACGCGCUUGUGGCCCGACAGCAGCGCGGCGGUCUCGCUGUCAUCGUGGUGGCGGCCGUCGAUGUCGUCUGUGGUGCGGGGGUGGGUGAGGGGCAUGCCCCCUGCACCAGAUGGGUCGAGCAGCUGGGUGGAGGGAAGGGGGCGGGGGGAGGGGUGGUCCCCGCCGGCUGUGGUCUUGCCGCUGGGGAGCACCAUUAGCCUGAUACACACAUACACACACACACAGAGGAAUCAAGGACGACCAACGCAUUGAAACGGCCGGUUCCUCUCUCUCCCUCUCUCUGUGUGCGUGUGUGCCUCACCCAUCCUGUCCGCCCUGGCCGGCCUCCAGGUCCCUCAUCUGCGCCAUCUCCAUCUCGCCGACCAGCGCCCCGCCCUUUGCCGACGGCGGCGGUUCGCUGCGCCGAGCCGCGGGGCUGUCGGCCACUGACGACUCGUUGUCGGCACUGAGCGUGCCCACGGCAUAGGGGAAGGCGCCGUUGGUCGCUCCUGCUGCGGCAGAUGCCCCCGUGCCGGGCGGCUGGGCCUGAAGAGACGGAGACAGUGGGUUGGUGGACGGAGGGGGGAGGGGGGAGGGGGAAGGGUGUGUGUGUGGUUGGUUUGUUGUCGGACUGACUGACCCGUUGUUUGGCUUGUGCGUCUCCGCGAGAGGGCAUGUCGACAGCGGUGGCGGCAUUGUAGAUGGCGUAGCAGCUCCACAACAGAAAGGAGACUGACGGAUGGGAGAUGGUGAGAAGGGUGGAUGGACGGAUGGAUGGACUGUGUGUGCGUCUUGUGUCUGUUGUCUUAAGACGCAUAAAUUAGAUAACUUACCGAUGGCAGCGAUGAGGGCGAAGAUGGCAAAGGUGAUGAGGCCUGCACACACGCGCAAGCACACACACCAUACACCAUAAGUGAAGGCCUCCUCCCAUCUCGCCCCCCUCUGUGUGUGUGCAUGUGUUGUCCCCGCCUGAUUUAGCGUCUUCGUGUCUGGCGUACUGCAGGGCGCUGAAGGCGGCCGUGCUGUAGGCCGCCGCAGCUGUAAUGACCAACCACACACACACACACACAGAGAGAGAGAGAGAGAGACAGGGGGAGUGAGCUGCCCCACACACACGUGCCGACCCACCUAGUGAGAUGAAGAGAUUGAGGAAGUUCUUGGCGCCCGCCGGCCCGCCGCCCUGCAGAUCACUGCACCCAACCACCACACACACCUCUCUCUCUCUCUCCCUCUCCCUCUCCCUCUCUGUCUUGCUCGUUGUCUGUCUGUCUGUCUGCCUGUCUGCCUGCGUGUGUGUGUGUGCUUACGUGACGAUGACAGGCGAGAAGUUCUGCGAGCACAUUUCGGUGUAGGGAAAGCGCAGCACCAGCCGCAGGGUCGUCACCACCAGAAAGCACCCGGACGUGAAAGUCGUGAACAGACUCUGACAGACAAGCGCACACACACAGCCACAUCAGAUACGGGGAGAGGGAGGCACCCGUCCGUGUGAGAGUGGGUCAGCCAGGUGUGUGUGUGUGUGUGUGUGGAAGAGGCUCCCUGACCGACCGAGAAGUCUCUUCCGUAGUGGGUCAUGAAGAGCAUGGCGAGGACCAGCUGGGGGAUGUCUUCCAGCCACCGCACCAGGAAACAGUACGAGUAGUACAUCUUCGCCAUCUGCAAUAUCGCCUGCAACCAACGCAAUCAACACACCAACAAAAGAUAUGAUGGGCCGAUAUAUAAUAAAGUGGGUUUCCACGUGUGGGUGUCUUGGUGUGGGUGUGGUUGGAUGGUGGGAUGGCUCACCAUGUCGCUGCAGUUGAUGAUGUAGAACAGGAUUUUGACCGGCACAAAGACGGGGAAAUCUGCACACAGCCCCACACACAUGGUGUGUGUAUGUCCAGACUCUCUCUCUCUCUCUCUGUGAGUGUGUGUGUGUGUGCUUGCCCUCCAUCCAUCCAUCCAUCCAUCCAUUGGUCCCUUCAGUACUACUGACUGACCUUCUUUGGGCAGUUGGUGCUUGAACAGGCUGCUCCGCAUGAGGUACGCCAGCGACGCGAAGAUGAAGAUCGGCAUGGCCAUCAGCAGCACUGCAUCGUCCCAUCCGUCAAUCCACCCAUCCAUCCACCCAUCCACGCAUAUCAAUUCUAUCAGCCCAUUCGCUCACCGAUGACUCCCAGGUAGUAGUCUUCCGCCUUGCGCCACCCCAGCAGCAGCGGCGUGGCCACACGGAUCAAAAACACCAUGUCUGACCCACACAACACACACACAAUCACCCUUUCGCCUCGCUGUCCCUCUCCCUCUCCCCCCCUCUCCCUCCGGCGGCACCCACCUCCGAUGAAGUCAAUGUGUUCGACGGUCUCAUAGAUGAACAUCCACUUGCGCAUGGCGUUGAAGCUGUCCCACGACCACCACCAGUCCUCCAUCGUGAAGAGCACGUCCACCAACAGACGCUUCCGCCCCAGCCGGGGGUCCUGGCUGGGGUCCUGACGCACGUAGCCGCCCAGACGGGGGUGCCGCUGAGCGGACGCGUCGGGGGAGAUGCCCUGCUGACCCUGACCGACGCACAGAGAGAGAGAGAGAGAGAUGGAUGUGUGUGGUGUGUGUGGGAGGGGUUUAGAGGGGGGGGGGUGGCUGCGUACGUAUCUGAGUAGGGGCUGUUGGUGCUGGUCUCUCCUGCCGCCGGGGUUGUAGUCCCACGGCUCGUUCUGCUCCGUGAUGAACUUCUCGUGACUUGACAAACCAACCACACCAAUCACACCAAUCAAACCAAUCACACAACCCAGCACAGCACAGAAAGGCAUAGAGGCGUAUAACAACCCAAACGACCCUCCUCCUCCCCUCCCCUCCCCCCUCCCAGCUCACAGCUGCGUCAUGAUCUCGGCAUCCGCCCUCGAGUCGGCCCGCGCAAAGUGCCCGCCUGCCGUCAUCUCCGACGGUGCGAUGUCGCUGCGCGCAUCCGACCGCCCAUCGCCGUCCAUAUCAACCGACAUGGCGUCGCUCUGCUGCGACUGAUACAGCGGCCCAGGGUGGCCGGCAUACCCCAUAUACGAGCCACCAGCGCCACUGGGACUCGCGCCGAUGUUGCUCAUGCCCGCCUGCGAUGCGGGGCUGGGACCGUCCGGCCCCUCUGGAGGGGGCGCCGCGACGACAGGUGACACACUCAUGUAGUAGUAGGGUGGUCCUGGGAUGACAGUGGUGCUCGGGAGCUGGUUAACGUCGCUCAGAGUGGUGGUGGGGAGAGGCUCCGGGCUGUAGUACGGCGGUGUCGAUUCUUCAGAGCUGCGUGAGGGCGGCCACGAGCUGUCCAUGCGCAUAAGCACCCCGAGUGGUCCUGAGACGGAUGCUGAUACGGCGGCUGAGACAGAGGCUUGGGCAACGCAAAAAGUACUCAACCAUCAAAUGGUUAAAUGAAUGUGCUACGCCUGAGUCGCCGUUGGUGUGGGAAUGGCUCUCGC